AUGUCUACCCAGGAAACAAUGCAAGCCAUCGUCAUCACCGCCUUCGGAGGGCCAGAAGUCCUACAACACAAGACCGUCCCAAAACCCACCCCAACAUCAGGCGAAGUGCUCAUCCACGUGAAAGCAUUCGGCUUAAACCAUGCGGAAAUGCACAUGCGCAAGGGUGAAUGGGACGAAUGGAACCCCAUCUCCGGCCUCGAAUGCGUAGGCGUUGUCGAGGCCGAUCCCUCGGGCAAGUUCCAGAAAGGCGACAAAGUGAUCGGGGUGAUGGGCGGGAUGGGUCGAAACCGACCGGGCGGAUACGGAGAAUUUGUCAACGUCCCCAUCGCGAAUGUGGUGAGAAUCAACACCAAUCUACCUUGGGAACAACUCGCAGCCCUGCCCGAGGUGUAUUCCACUGCAUAUUCGUGCCUCUUCACCGUCCUGGACUUGCACAAGGGAGAGAGGAUCCUGAUCCGCGGCGCGACAAGCACAAUCGGUCAAGCGGCCGUGCAUCUUGCCGUCAACGCAGGGGCCAGAGUCACAGCAACCACUCGACGUCGGGAACGGUUCGACAUGCUGAAGAAGAUGGGCGUGGAAGACGCAAUCUUCGAGGAAACCCCACUCAGCCCGCAAUUCGUGCCCGACCACAAAUUCGACAAGACGCUCAAUCUGAUCGGCAACAUCGCCCUGCUCGACUCCAUCCACCUCACUCGCCCCGGCGGCCGCAUGCUCCAGGCCGGGUGGCUGGGCGGCCUAGCUCCCGUCAAGGACUUCAACCCGAUGAUCGAGAUGGACCCCGGCGUGCACUUCAGCCUGUUCCACAGUAAAGUGCUCGGCACGGAGGAUUUCCCGCUGGAGAAGAUCCCCCUGCAGGAGAUUGUAGAGAAGAUCGAGAGCGGCGAGUGGGACGCAAAGCCGACGUACGUGUUCGAGUACCAGGAUAUCCAGAAGGCGCAUGCGUUGUUGGAAAGCCAUGAUGCGGGUGGCAAGAUUGUAAUCAAGCACUGA